CAAGCUCGCCGCAUUUGCUCGAUGGGUCGGCAGGUGACGAUUGUCUACGGGAAGCAGUCGGCGCAGCUGUCGAUCGACAAUGACGCAGCGCUGCCGGUGGCCGAGCUCAAGGCGCGCAUCGAGCCGCUCUUUGGGGUCCCGGCGCCGGCGCAGAAGCUGCUCUGUCGAGGCAAGGAGCUCAAGACAGGCGCGACACUGGACCUCAGCACGCUGCCAGCAACGGCCAAGAUCAUGCUUCUUGGGCAGUCUAGUGCAGCGCCACGCGCACCAGCUACUGCGCCAACGUCGGAAGAGGCGCCCGCGCCCAUCGCACCCGCAGCAGCACCGCCCGCCAUUGUCCUUCUCGACAACCAACUUCAGGUCGACGUUGUGCGAGGCAAGGAGCGCUGGUCGUUCGCGAUGGACCAAAGCGCCGACAUGGCCUGCGUCAAGCUGCGAGUGGAAGAGGCGACGGGCGUACCGAUGGCGCGCCAGCGGCUGCUAAGUCGCGGCAAGUACCCCGACAACAGCACGGGAAUUGCGUCCCUUGCCGCCCGCGGUAAGGCCACCUUCAUGUUACUCUACGACGAGCUGCAGCACACGCACAUGGACAUCGACCGCAUGACGACCGAGAUGGAGGUCGAGCGGGCGGCCUAUGCGGUUCAACUGCGCGAGCUCCACGCCAAAGUCGCGCGCAAUUUCUUUGAUCCAGCCGACCUGAACCUCACGCUCGCGCAUCUCCUCGACCAAGUCGAGAUUCUGCUCAACAAUGCUGAGAUCGCUCUCGAGACCAAGUCGUCACCGGCGCUAGUGGCCGUGCAUGAAGCCACGACGGUGCUGCGCCAGGACAUUGAGGCCCUUAUCUUGGACAGCGACCGGCCCACCUUCCACUUGCCACGGCCAGCGCCGCCCGGGUUCUUGGCUUCAAACUCGGCGACCGCAGCCUUGAGCGCGUCGAUCUAA